AGAUCAGGGCUCCAUUGUGCUAAAUGCUGUACUGACAGUCCUUGCACCAAAUAAUUUACAAUCUAAAUAUUCUCCACCUGCUCCACAAGAAAUGCUCUGCUCCAAAUGUAUUAUAUCCAGGUGAUACUCUGUGAUUUUGAUUUGCAUUAGUCCAUGUCAUUAUUUUCUUCAGUUCUGAUCUUUACAUUUCCAAAUGAAUCUGAGACUCAAGUGAAAACAUCUGAACAUCACCUGGCCUAGCAUGAAAAAGUUGCUUGUUUUUCAUGCAAAUCCUUGGAUUAAUACCAGGGUUGCUCUGUCUCUGUUUUUGAUGCAAACCUUUUGCACAACUCUACUUGUUGCUGAUAAACUGCAAAUGGGGAGGAAAAGGUGUGUGUGGGGUGGAUGUGUAUUUAAAUAAGUGUUUAGACUUAUUUAGUAAUACUGAGAAUUUCUAGCGGCUGUAGCAGCUAAUCCGACUACUUGGCCAGAAAUUAGACGUGUCCUUCAAUUUAUAAAGUGUUUGAGAUGGGAGCUAACUUGUGCGGCAAAGUUGAGACCCAAAGAUGAUAAGCUUCCCUGAAAGGGAGGUCAAAUUUGGCUUCUUCCACAAAGCGGCCUGAGUGCCAAAUUGAGAUGUGGGCCCAACUUCCCCCGAAUGUGCUCUGUGUAGGGAUCUGGUCCACGUCUUCAGAUCCGUAACAUAAACCCACUGGGAAAAGGAGCGUGUGCGCCCCUCAUCUUGCUGCGCAAGGUCUAGCGUAAUGUCAGGACUCCAGAAAUAACGAGAGCUUGGCGCAGACUGAGGUCCGAGCUGGGCGUCUUGGGACAGGAAUUUGAGCGCAUUAGGACCUGGAGGGAGCGGGGCGCUCACUACUCUGUGGGCUGCUGCGAGCGAAGAGUCAAGGGCAAAGAAACGUGGCUGUCGAAGCGGUGGGUGGGGAAGUGUCCCGCAGCCAGAGUUGGAUCCGAGAGGGAGGAGAGCCGCGGGACGGCUGCCAGGGCUCGCUCCGGAGCAGCGCGGCGCGGCGCUGGGUGGCAGCGCCUCUGUCAAUCAGCCUGACUCCACUCCCGCACGCCCUGUGUUCUCCAGUGCUGCGCUCCAGCUGCCUCCUCGUGUCUCCGCUCGCUGCGAGCUGACAGAGCGGCCGCCGCUGCUGCCGGGUGCAUGCACCGGGGGACCGGAGCGGGACUGAGGCGUCCCGGGGCGGCGGUGCGGAGGAUCGGGCGGCGCCGGGCUGCCCUCAGUUGGUGCUGGGUAGCGGCGGGGAACUUUAACGCUGGCUCCAAGUGUUGGGCUCGGUCUGCGGUUCAGCUGCAAUGGAUCCUCCAGCGGGGAUCGCCUGUCUGCUGCUCUGCUGUGCGCUCUUCCUGCCCGGGAGCGCCCUGCAGAGCUCCAGGGAGAGAGAUCCUAUUUUGAGGAACAUAGAGGAAUACAGACUUGUCGUCCCAAUCAGCACAGAUUCAGAAGGCAGAUUCCUAUCUAACCUGGUGUCUGGACCUCCAAGGGGGCGCUUCCGAAGAGAUGCUGGGGAUAUGCAACUUGAAGCUUCAAAUGAGCAAAUAUUUUAUAAUAUCACUGUUUUUGGAAGAGAGUUUCACUUCAGGCUGAGACUGAACUCUAGGCUGGUUGCCCCUGGAGCACGAAUUGAAUGGCAAGAGGAUUCUAAUGUGACUCAUAUUGAACCACUCCAUGGGAAUUGCCUAUAUGUUGGGGAUAUCACUGAUUUACCUAACGCUUCAGUUGCUAUAAGCAACUGUGAUGGGCUGGCUGGCAUGAUUCGCACAGACAAGGACGAGUUCUUCAUUGAGCCUCAGGAGAAAGGCAGUCAGGAGGAAGACGGAGGCAGGACACAUGUGGUAUAUCGCAGAGCAGCUGUGAAGAAGCCACUUCUCACCAAGAACUCAGAUAUCCAGUAUAAAGCAGCUGACCUGAGUAAUCUGGAUAACCUUGUCAAUAUGCUGGGCCUCAUUGAAGACCGAGUAAAUAGCUCAAGAAAGAGAUAUCGGAGGCAUGCGACUGAUGAUGACUACAACAUUGAAGUUCUCCUGGGAGUUGAUGACUCAGUUGUGCAGUUCCAUGGAAAAGAACAUGUACAAAAGUACCUUCUGACCCUGAUGAAUAUCGUGAAUGAAAUCUACCAUGACGAGUCCUUAGGUGCCCACAUUAAUGUUGUUUUGGUGAGGAUAAUCAUGCUGAGCUAUGGGAAAUCCAUGAGCUUAAUAGAGAUUGGGAACCCUUCCCAGAGUUUGGAGAAUGUAUGUCGCUGGGCCUAUCUACAACAGAAGCCUGACACUGCACAUGCAGAAUAUCAUGACCAUGCUAUUUUUCUCACAAGGCAGGAUUUUGGUCCAUCUGGCAUGCAAGGCUAUGCUCCAGUUACUGGAAUGUGUCAUCCUGUACGAAGUUGUACCCUCAACCAUGAAGAUGGUUUUUCCUCUGCAUUUGUGGUGGCCCAUGAAACUGGGCAUGUAUUAGGCAUGGAGCAUGAUGGUCAGGGCAACAGGUGUGGGGAUGAGGUCCGAAUGGGGAGCAUCAUGGCCCCUCUUGUCCAGGCUGCAUUCCAUCGCUUCCACUGGUCUCGCUGUAGUCAACAAGAGCUGAACAGAUAUCUACAUUCCUAUGAUUGUCUGCGUGAUGAUCCUUUUGAACACGAUUGGCCUUCCCUUCCCCAGCUGCCAGGAAUUCACUACUCCAUGAAUGAGCAGUGCCGUUUUGAUUUUGGUUUGGGCUACAUGAUGUGCACAGCUUUCCGUACAUUUGAUCCCUGCAAGCAGCUGUGGUGUAGCCAUCCCGAUAACCCUUAUUUCUGCAAAACAAAGAAGGGACCACCACUGGAUGGGACUAUGUGCGCGCCUGGAAAGCACUGCUUUAAAGGUCACUGCAUCUGGUUAACUCCAGAUAUCUUGAAACAGGAUGGAAAUUGGGGAGCAUGGAGUAAGUUUGGCUCCUGUUCUCGAACCUGCGGUACGGGGAUAAAAUACAGGACACGGCAAUGUGACAAUCCAUACCCAGCUAACGGAGGCCGUACAUGCAUAGGACCAACCUAUGAGUUCCAGCUUUGCAACACUCAAGAUUGUCCUCAGGAUUCUGAUGAUUUUAGAGAGGAGCAGUGUAGACAAUGGGAUCCUUACUUUGAAUAUCAGAAUACGAAACACCACUGGCUCCCAUAUGAGCAUCUCGAUGCUAAAGAAAGGUGCCGCCUGUACUGUGAGUCCAAGGAGACUGGUGACGUCGUGUAUAUGAAACGAAUGGUACAUGAUGGAACCCGCUGCUCAUAUAAAGAUUUUUAUAGCAUCUGUGUGCGAGGGGAUUGUUUGAAAGUUGGAUGUGACAGGGUAAUAGGUUCCUCUAAGCAAGAGGAUAAGUGUGGUGUCUGUGGUGGAGAUAACUCUCACUGCAAGGUGGUGAAAGGAACGUUCUCCAGGACACCAAAGAAACCAGGGUACAUUAAGAUGUUUGAAAUUCCUGCUGGUGCAAGGCACUUGCUUGUACAAGAAACAGAUGCCACAAUUCAUAAUCUUGCAAUUAAGAACCAAGAAACAGGGAAAUUCAUUUUAAAUGAAGACAACUAUGUACCAGAUUCUAAAGUAUUUGUUGACAUGGGUGUGGAAUGGGAAUACCGGAAUGAUGAUGAUAGAGAAACAGUGCAGACCAUGGGGCCUUUGCGCAAUGGUAUAGCCAUUCUGGUGAUUCCUCAUGGUGGUGCCAAGGUUUCUUUGACUUACAAAUACAUGAUCCAUGAAGACUCCUUAAAUGUAGAUAACAACAAUGUUUUGGAGGAUGAUUCAGUAACAUAUGAAUGGGCUCUGAAAAAAUGGUCCCAGUGUUCAAAACCCUGUGGAGGAGGUAAUCAGUUUACGAAAUAUGGUUGCCGGAGGAAGACAGACCACAAGAUGGUUCAUCGGAGAUACUGCGAGACGAUCCAAAAGCCAAAGCCUAUUCGCAGAGUGUGCAAUCCGCAGGAAUGUUCCCAACCAAUAUGGGUUACAGGAGAUUGGGAGCCCUGCAGCAAAAGCUGUGGAAAAACAGGAUAUCAAGUACGUUCUGUACGGUGUAUCCAACCCCUACAUGACAACACAAAUCGUUCUGUUCAUACCAAAUAUUGCAACAAUGAUCGUCCAGAAGGCAGAAGGUCUUGCAAUCGAGCACUUUGUCCUGCCCAGUGGAGGAUAGGACCCUGGUCACAGUGCUCUGUAACUUGUGGAAAUGGCACACAGGAACGACAGGUUUUGUGCCGGACUAGAGACAAUGCUAGUGGCUAUUGUAAAGAUGACAAACCGGAAACAGUGAGGAUCUGCAGACUAUCUCUGUGCCCUAGAAAUGUUUCUGAUCCAUCAAAGAAAACUUAUAUGAUACAAUGGCUGUCAAGACCAGAUGGAGAUUAUCCCAUCCAGAAAAUAUCUUCAAGGGAACGUUGCCAAGGAGACAGGUCCAUGUUUUGUCGCAUGGAAGUUCUCUCUCGUUACUGUUCAAUGCCUGGUUACAAUAAGCUGUGUUGCAAGUCCUGUAACAUGUAUAACAACAUAACAGAGGAUGAUAAUGUAACUGAUUCUAACCUAAAUAAGAACGACAUUGAGGAGGAUCUCCUAUCUACCCUUACUACUCCUACUGGGCCGGUUGUCAUGCAGGCUACUGCUAGUCCUCCUCUUGUUCCCAAAUCAAAUGCCACCCAUUCCAAUGCAACUGAGGACCCCCCAGAAAUUAAUGUAGUAGAUGUGUCAUAUAAAAUCGAUGGGCUGGACAAUGAAGUAGCACAGCACAACCUCAUCCCCCGGAGGAGACUGACUUACGAAAGGACAAAGAACCAAAGAAUUCAGGAGCUGAUCGCUGAGAAAAGAAAAAGAGAGACUAUUAGUAAGCUACAUUAAAAUGGAAAUAUGGCACAAACGACAUUUUUUUCUCUUAUAGAGAUGUUACCGCCACCAUAGUAAUGCCCAUGUCAUAAAAACUAGAAAGAAAAAAGUGGUGCUAUGGCAGAAAUGCCAAAUCCUAAUGCCUAAACAAACAGAAAUGUAAGAUCGUUUCAUAAUGCUAGUAUAAACAUUUCAAUGGCUAGGUUUACAGGGUGCUAUAACGUACUAGUGCAAUAUCAGUACAGUAUUUCACUGAAUCCAAACAAACCUAUUAUCUAGCCCAGAUCAGCAGGUUUAUUGAUUAUGGGCUCUUUUCACCCCUCAAUGCAUUGCAUAACUCCCAGGGAAUGUGAAUGGGAGUUACAUUGAACAGGGAGGAGAACAGACCCCAUUACCUACAAAUGCCUUUAAUAGUGACAGUCGGUUGAUCAAGAGAAGCAUUGCAUCAAACCAAACACUAAAUUACUUCCAGAUUCAGGAAGGUAUUUAAGAACAUGCAGGACUUUAAACAUGCAAGUAGUCCCACUGCCUUAAAUGGAACUAUUCUCAUGGCUACACUUACAUGGACACUCGUGUACCUUUCUUAACUGGGAUCUUACAUUUGAGAUUCUUUGUACAACCAUAUAUUUAAUCUCAGUUCAGAACUGAUAAUCAGUAGUUUGCAUGUCCCCAUAAACAAUUUCAAAGCAUUUUUCUAAGCAUUUGCAUCUAUAAAAAUUAUUUACUAUUUGACUGGACCUAUUCAAUUUAGACUGACAAUGUCCUAGUCUUUUGAAUGUCUUUAUUUCAUAAACUCCUGUAAUACAAUCUCCCCAAUGGUUUUAGUUGACAUUCUUUUCGGUCUACAUUUUAUCCACACUCUGUUUAACUUAAAAUGACUGGAGUCUCUUUUCCUUUCCUUUCCUUUGGUGCUUCAUAAAGAAAGCGUAAUUGUGUGUGUUAACAUUUUCCAUGGUACAAUGUUAUGUCAUUCUGAAGGAAAACAAUGUGUAUUAUCAGUCUUCCCUUAGGACAGCUCUGGUGCAGCAGAAGUGAACAAUUGUUCAUCAUGCUUAUAUAUAAACAUGUACCAAGUUUGCUUAGAUCUUAGAGAUGUGUAGCCUGACAGCCCUUUGAGUACUUCCUUUCCCUGCAAUAUCUUCUGAUAGCUGAGGGCCUAUAUAAGCAACCUCACCAUUUUCCCUAGCUCAUUUUGGAUGGCUGGUAGGCAGAAGACACAUUCAACUUGGUGGUUUGUACCUUUUGGUGAGGCAUGCCUGCUUUCAAAUGCAAGGAUGUUACCAGCCGACUUACAGGAUAUCUAAUGUGAAUAGUAGGUACUGAGCAUUUGAGCCAAAGGCCACUAAGCUCAGUGGAAAGGCUCCCAUUGACUUCUGUGGUUUUGCAAACCCUGGAAUAUUGUAGGAGUAGGAAUUAAAAACUUUGUGGGUGUGAGGUUUGUUAAUUUUGCUCUUGCCUACUGCGUUGACUUUCCCAUGUCUGCUCAAGCUUGUUAAUAUUUUCCAGGGGAUAAGGUCUCUUUGAAACUGUCAUUUCAUAUAGAAAAGACAGGCAGGGAUUAGGGCCACUUUGAUACUGCCAGUUCACGUAGAAAAGGCAAUUGAGAGGUGGCAAAAUGCUCUCAAUUCAAGUUUUUGAUCUUGAAGUGAGACCAUGACCUUGUAUCUUCUCAGUUGCACAGCUAGUUUGGGCAUAUGCUAAAUUCCCAAUGCAUAUAAGAUGUUACAUAGCUUAGUUGCUGCUGAAGCAAUGUUGAACCUGGCAGCCAGGCCCUCACUGAAAAGCAAACCACAACUGACUUUCUGCUGUCCAUGAUAGGGCCCCCAGUGCUGCUUUUAAACGUUGUGAGUGAAUGGGUCAUCUAGCUUCCAUUGCAGUGUCCCAGUUUAGAUUGGAAAGAGAGAGCGCUAAUAGUAUCCCGGAGUGCACUGAAUUAUUGAAACCAGCAGCUGAAUCUAUGCCCAGAAAUUGUUGAAAGGACAAAAGCCAAGGGUUAACAAAAAUAAUUUACAAAGAAUAUUAGACAAAGUAGUAGAGAAGGGGCCAAUUUUAUCCCUGUUGUAAUGCCAUCAGCUUCACUUCCUCACAGAAUGAUGUGGAGGUCAAUUCAAAUUAAUGCUUCUGAAGUGAUAGGGGCAUAUAGAACAGCCUAAAGUUACAUCAGGGCUUGAUAUAGGUAAAGACUCUUGUAACAUCCCUGUGCUCUCAGGUUUCAAAGUAUUAAAUCAAGCCAGAGAGACUCAAGGAGCUACAAUGCAUUAGCAGACUCUGAAACCUCUUUAAAGGGGCUAAUUGCUAAAGGGGGACAAAGAUCCACACUCUCCCCAUAUACACUGUACUUACACAACCUCUUCCAUUCUUUUCCUACAAUGACCUCUUCUCUUGUGGCUGGUGGGAGAACGUUCCACUAAAGCAGGGGUUUCUUUUUGGUUCUAAAAAAUAAAAUUAAAGGUCCAGAUUGUACACUAACGCAGGCCAGGUUGGUGUAUGUGUUAAGUCAGUUGGUUGAAUUAAUGGCUUAGGUGAAGAUAAGAACUCAGAGAAGGGAAGAGCUGUCUUGAAGAUCUACCUAUCUCAUAGAACGGGAAGGGACCCCAAAAGUUCAUGGAGUCUAGACCCCUGCCUAGCAGGACCAAGUACUGAUUUUGUCCUAGAUCCCUAAGUGGCCCCCUCAAGGAUUGAGCUCACAACCCUGGGUUUAGUAGGCUAAUGCUCAAACCACUGAGCUAUCCUUCCUCCCCCAGCUUAGUAUCAAACAGUUCCACAUUUGAUGCACAGUGCCAUCUUCUACAAUCCCCAAAUGCAUACAGACUGCCAAAACCUUCAGCAGAAAUG